AUGAGAGAGAUAAGUAGGCCUAGAAAGAGAAAGCAUAUUGCAGUUGAUGUUGAAGAAGUAGAAGUUCGGUCUAAGUACUUCAAAAAAGAUGACAAAACCGUUGAUUUAUCAAAAGAAAACAAAAUCAAUAAAGAUGUGCAAAAUUACGAUGAGGUAAAUAUCAACUGGAUCAAGACACUGAAGCCGAUAGAGUAUUUUGGAUGGAUCGAAUCAAAAACUUGUGAUGAUCCGAGAACUUGGGGACGGCCAAUUACUAAAGAAGAAAUGAUCAAUGAUUCUGGGGCAGAAAUUCCUGAGAGUUUCUUACCCAUAUACAAUAGGGUGAGAUUAAUGAGGUCCAAAGUUAACACUCCGGUAGAUGCUAUGGGAUGUAGCAUGAUUCCCGUUUUAGUUUCCAAUAAAUGUGGUAUACCCAGGGAAAAAAUUGAUCCAAGGAAUUUCAGGCUUCAGUUUCUUAUUGGUACCAUGCUUUCUGCUCAAACCAGGGACGAAAGGAUGGCGCAAGCCGCUUUGAAUAUUACCGAAUACUGCUUAAACACUUUAAAAAUAGCAGAAGGUAUUACUUUGGACGGGCUGCUUAAAAUUGACGAACCCAUAUUAGCGAAUCUAAUUCGCUGUGUUAGCUUCUACACUAGAAAGGCCAACUUUAUUAAACGAACUGCUCAAUUAUUGGUAGAGAAUUUUGAUUCGGAUAUACCGUAUGAUAUAGAGGGAAUUCUGUCGUUACCUGGAGUUGGCCCCAAAAUGGGAUACUUAACGCUGCAAAAAGGCUGGGGGCUGAUUGCCGGCAUAUGCGUCGAUGUGCAUGUUCAUAGGCUGUGUAAAAUGUGGAAUUGGGUGGACCCUAUUAAGUGCAAGACUGCCGAACAUACUAGAAAGGAACUACAGGUUUGGCUACCUCAUUCAUUGUGGUACGAAAUAAACACCGUUUUGGUCGGAUUUGGUCAGUUAAUUUGUAUGGCCAGGGGUAAGAGAUGCGAUUUGUGCCUAGCGAACGAUAUUUGCAAUGCUCGCAAUCUGAAGCUAAUUAAGUCAUCCAAAUUUCAUCAACUGGAGCACAGAGGAGACAUUGCGAAAGUAUAUUCGCACUGGUUAGACACACUUACAAAUGGAAUUACAACAGAAAGGCACAAGAAAAAGUAG